AUGGAAAAGAACAUCUACUAUCGGCAACGAAGGAGAAAAGAAGUCUACGACAAUUGCGUACUCGAGAACUCCUUGCCCCAAGAUAACUGGCACAUCGAGGAGGACCCAAAAGUGGACUACGAGAUACUGCUCAGAGAAUUACGAGCCUGUGCUGAGCGUGCCUCGAAGCCGCACACGACAAACUUGAAUCGAAUUUCGAAGACCACCAAGGAAUUGUUGGAAAGAAGAAAGGCUUUGAAGUUUGAUCCGAAUGCAUCGCAAAUUGAGCGAAAGAAAGGAUCCCAGACCAGUGGAAGACCUCGCGAGCCGUUCUUAUCCAUAAGAAAGGUGACCGAAAGGACUUUCCGGAACUACCGUCCGAUAUGCUUGCUGAGCGUAUUAUACAAGGUAUUUACCAAGAUCAUCCUCACGCGCACAUCUAGGACGCUGGAUGAAGCCCAGCCUCAAGAACAAGCUGGAUUCCGUAAGGGGUUCAGCUGCCUGGACCACAUCCAGACCGUGUCGAUGGUCAUAGAGGUUGCAAUACUGUCAGCGCUGGUCGAUCAAGGUGUGGACGCGUCGUAUGUGAGGACAUUAACCAAUUGCUACGAUCGAUGCACGACUAGGAUACAGCUUUUCCACUGCCCUCUCACAAUACCCAUUGCAAAGGGGGUACGAAAAGGCGAUACUAUAUCGCCGAAGCUGUUCACUGCUGCAUUGCAGUUGAUAAUGAAAUCACUUUCCUGGGAAGAAAGGGGCAUACGUGUUGAUGGAAGAUUUCCCUCGAACCUUCGGACGACAUCGUUCUCUUUUCGAGCAGUAUCAAUGAAGCAGAAACGAUUGAACGAAGCAGGGAAGAGAAUAGGACUGCGAAUAAACAGAAAGAGGACACAGUUCAUGAAGAACGCCUACUGCGAGGACGGAGGAGUACAACUUGAAGGCUCCCAAAUCGUGGAAACUUCGUCAUAUGUAUACCUCGGACGUUCUACGAACAUGGAAAACUACUUGAAGGAAGAACUGAAUAGAAGAAUGAGAGCAGCAUGGACAGCAUUCGCAGCCGUCAAGGAAGCUACGGAUCAACUGACGGACCAAGAUCUUCGUGCCCAUCAGUUCGACUCGACAGUCCUGCCAGCUCUGUUACGCAGCGGAGACGAGGACAGACACCGCGGUCACGUCUAG